UGUACCGAUUCAGUUUGUUGUGUUUGUUGCUGGCAACAUGUCUUUAGUUGUCAAGAUUGUACACGUUUCUGUUGUGGUUUGACCUCAACACAUUACUAAAUGAAUUGUAAAGCCAUUUCUUCAUUUUAGUAUUAUUCCAGACAUCUACCAGGUUACCAUGGAGGUGGCGAUAGACAAGAUUUACGAACUUCAGGCAUUCUACGAAAAAUGUCUGACACACGCAGAUGUCCGUAUCAAAGACUGGCUGUUAAUGGACAGCUGUCUCCCGACUGUGUUCUUCACAUGUCUCUACCUUGUGGUCGUGUGGGUGGGACCCAAAGUGAUGGAACACAGAGAACCGUUCAACUUGAAGUGGUUCAUCAAUGCCUACAACUUUGUUCUCAUUCUCGUCAACCUCCAUAUAUGUACUCAGCUAUUAGUAUGGACAACACAUCAAGGCUAUAGUUACAUUUGUCAACCUGUCAGAUAUACACACGAAGAGGGAGAAAUGAAGAUUGCAAGUGCAUUGUGGUGGUUUUACUUCUCAAAGCUCUUAGAAAUGCUAGAUACGAUUAUUUUUAUUUUACGCAAGAAGAACAACCAAGUGAGCUUUCUGCACGUGUAUCACCAUGCGACCAUGUUUCCCAUCUGGUGGAUCGGAGUCAAGUGGGUGGCAGGAGGACAGUCGUUCUUCGGUGCAAUGAUCAACUCGUUUAUCCAUGUGAUAAUGUAUUCAUACUACGGUCUCGCCGCGCUGGGUCCACAGUUCCAGAAAUACCUGUGGUGGAAGCGCUACCUCACCAAGCUUCAGCUGACUCAGUUCUUUCUGGGGAUGGUAUACACCACACAAACCCUGCUCACUGGUUGUGAUUUCCCGAUAUGGAUGCAGCUAGCAGCACUUGUUUAUGGCAUUACAAUCAUUGCUUUAUUCAUCAACUUUUAUGUGCAAGCGUACUUGAAGAAAAAGACUCACCCCAAGAAUAAGAAAAUGACAAAUGGUGCCUGUGUCCAAAAUGGAGUUGUACAUGAAGUCAAGAAAGACAAGUAACAAGCAUUCUGAUUAGCCGACUGGACAUAUCAAAGACUUACACUGUUAAACAAAUUUAUAUCAUCACAUAAAACUGGUACCUGAAAUAUCAAAAUAUAACUUCCUUUUAAUUUUUAAAACAACAUGUGGUUAAUUAUAAAAAAACCCACGGUAACAGAAUAUUAGAUAUUUAAGCUUAGUAUAACAUUUACAUUUUGUUUCAUGGUAACUCAUGUUCAGAUAGUCUCAUAGAAGAUUCUGUUCAGUUACAUAAAUGACAGUAAAAUCUUUUUAUCAGUCUAUAAUUUGAUUUUGAAAACCCAAAGAAAUAUUUGUAAACUUUUGGUGUUAAAAGAUGUCAUCAGAUGUUAUUCAAAUGGCAUUAUGUAGUUUAAAUAGUAUUAAGUAAUUCUUGAAACAAAAUUUUAACAUACAAAAUUUCUUUCUUUUUCUGUUUCUGUUGCCACUGAUUCUGUGAAAACCAAAACAGUUUUGCUCAAUUCUGCUUUGUUUAAGAGAGAGUGUUUCACAAUAACACAAAUUCAUUUAGUCUGUACAUAUUCUUGUGUUAUGUGUGUCUGUUAACUAAUGCAACAUUAGUCCAAAUUUCCAGUUAUAGUACUUUAUACAAGUUUUAAUUGUAUUUAAAAUUAAUGUUUAUGCAUUCACAAAUGCAAUAUUGUGUGCAUAUGAUUGAAAAAGCAAUACAAAGAGAAAUGAAAUGUUAACAGCAUGUCCAUAUGUACACAGAAGCAGACCCAUUGAAGUAAUAUUUUAAUUGAGGGGAAUGGGGGAAAGAUGAGGAUGGAGUUUUACAUUGCUAGUUUCUAUACAGUAAUAAAGUGUUAUGUUGUAAACACAUCAGAGCUUACAAUUCUUCCCUUACUGAUAGAAGUAAAUAUGGAACCACAACAUAUGUCACAGUUUAGUGAGACCAUCACCAAUUUAAAAAAAAAUUAGCCAGUCUAAUUUGGCUGCUGACAGGGCAAGGCCCGGGUUUUAAAAUAUAAUUUCUUUACAUGACAAAUUUAAAAUCUUAAAACAAUAUAUCAUCAAUCUUGGCAAGCCAUCAUGGAAUAAAUCAAAUAACCCAUGUGAAUAAUUGUGUUGUUUUAUGUAUAUACAACAUGUAUUUAUAAAUUAAUUAAUAUAUAUUUGUUUUAAAUUGUAACUCAAAUCUGACAUUACCAAUUUGUUAAAAAAAAUGGUUCUAAUCAGUAUUAGAGGGGAGAACAAAAAACAGUCUUAACACAAUGCAAGCUAUUACAGCUUAAGGAGUAUUAUAUUCUCUGCUUCACACAAGGGUUUUUGUUUUUUGUAUUCACGCACUGUACAAUACCUGCUAAGAUUUAUCAUCUAUCAGUCACUUAUGUCACUAUCAAGUAUGUCCGAUGUAUAUGGGUAGUAUUAUAUUAUUAAUUCGAACUGUUUAACAUUUGUCUUGACGCAAUCACAACAUACAUACACAUGCUUGAUCAGAAAGCAGAGGAAUAUAUGUUUAGGAAACACCCAGCACAUGUUAAAUUAUGGUUGUUAGACGUCUAACAUAAUUAUAUAUCAAUGCAAUGUAUCGAUAAACUUGCACAGAAAACGCUAAUAAAAUCAUGUCAUUGGAAAGCAGGCCUUAUAUAUAUACCUUAAGCAAAAGUGUUUUACUUGAAAUGCUGCAAGGCAAAGCAGUGACUUUGCCUUCUUACCCUACGCUCCACUGAAAUAAAGUUUACUGUAGCCAGUCCUCAGAUACAUGUAUGUAUGUAGAUUAUUGUUUUUAAUAUUAUUAAAAUAUGGUUAAUUUAAGGAAUAUUUUAUUAGCCAAAGACAUUUUGUUAUAGCCUCUUUGUAUACAAGUUAGCAGUUGGCUAAAUUGGCAUUAAUUAGUUAGUUAGUAUAAUCCCAUUUACAAGGAUGUGCAAACCACCCAUGAGUGAAAGAUUGCUUUCAAAUGUUUAUUUUUAUACAUAUUAAUUUUCUAGCUGAGUCAUACUAAUACCAAUAUUUAUUGGGUAGAUUGAUAUGAUGACCUUAGAACCAUUGAAACCUCGGUGGAAUCCAUUGUUACUUUAAUUUACAAACUCCACCUAACCUCAGUGAGGUGAUCUCGAUUAAUGCAGUCAUACCUCUUAAAACUGCUUGUACUGGAAAAUGUGUUUGCAAAUUCAUGUUUUUCAGACAGUUCUUCCUACAUUCAUGUUGUUUCAUUUCUGAAGAUAGGUAAUUCGGGUUCACGAUUUCCAAGCUUUAAAUUUCAAAUAAAAAGUAUGUGCAGCUCUAUAAUAAAAUGGUCAAUUAAGUGCAUAACUUAGCCCUAAGAUCGCUUCAUGGAAUGGGACCAAGGCAUGCACAUUAUGGAGGCAAGCAUGAACAUUUGCUUGCCGUACCUGGUAAAAAGUGUAUAUUAAAACAUAAAUAUUUUAUCAUAAAGAAGUCAUGUUUGAUGUGGAUUUGCAUUUUGAUGCCAUUUUUGUUAACAUGUUUUUGGUUUUUGUUUUAAUGUUGGCAAUAACUGUCAGUAAAUAAAACGUGGAAAAAAUGUCAUAUCAUUAUUAAUAAUUUUUAAUAUUUUGCAUUUAGUGGAGCUUGAUACUUAAUACUCUUAUUGUUUUCAUUCUGUUGCAUAAUAUUUGUUUUUAAAACACUUAAUGCUGAUUUAUUCAUUUGUGUUCCAUUUUUAUAUAAUUAUAUAUAAACUAUUAUCUUGUAAUUGUGUUUUUCAUGUCAAAUGCAAUUUUGUUUUUAUCAACAAAUUAUUUAAAAAAUUGUUUACAAUUGCAUAAUGUAUAGAAUAUGAACAAUCUUGUUAUUUUGUGUACUUAGUGUUUAUAUUUAAUACUGAACAUGCAGUUUACUAUAGUGUAUCUCAGUGUAAAAUACAUGACAAAAAAACCCAAGAAAACAAAAAGAGAAAAAAAUAUGUUGACUAAAGGUCAACUCGUUACAAAUAUAGGAAAAACAAAUGUAAAAGGCACAAAAAGAAACAAGUAAUUAUAUAAAGUUUAUUCAGGACAGAAACAAUGAAAAUUUAAAUCACAUAUACAGUAUGUGUAUAUGACAUGUUUGUUAAUUAACAUGUAAACACAUAUACGGUAUGUGUAUAGGACAUGUUUGUUAAUUAACAUGUAAUCACAUAUACGGUAAGUGUAUAGGACAUGUUUGUUCAUUAACAUGUAAUCACAUAUACAGUAAUCACAUAUACUGUAAGUGUAUAGGACAUGUUUGUUCAUUAACAUGUAAUCACAUAUACUGUAAUCACAUAUACUGUAAGUGUAUAGGACAUGUUUGUUAAUUAACAUGUAAUCACAUAUACGGUAUGUGUAUAGGACAUGUUUGUUAAUUAACAUGUAAUCACAUAUACGGUAUGUGUAUAGGGACAUGUUUGUUAAUCAACAUGUAAUCACAUAUACGGUAUGUGUAUAGGACAUGUUUGUUAAUCAACAUGUAAUCACAUAUACGGUAAGUGUAUAGGACAUGUUUGUUAAUCAACAUGUAAUCACAUAUACGGUAUGUCUAUAUGACAUGUUUGUUAAUUAACCUGUUUAAUAGUUACCCUUACAAUAUUAUAUGUAUCUGAAGUGAUGCAUCCCACUUGGAAUUGAUAGUCCCAUUGCACCUUUCCGUGGCACCAGCCUGGAUGUUCUUGUGCUGCUGUAUUGUAUGCAACCCAUCAUACCUUUUAAUUUGUUCUGGGUUAUUAGUUUUUUAAAAACAAGACAGUCAAAUAGUAUUUGGCACUUCCAAAAGACAUCUACUGUAUAUUGACAGUAAACUGUCUGUUAUUUCUUGAAAAUACUUCAUCAUCCCACCCUCACCCCAAAACACCCAGCAAAACCAAAAGAAAAGCACUCACUACUGUACUGGGUAAUGAUGCAUAGUCUGGGUUAUAGUCUGGGUUGAAAUAUUGCAAACUUGGUAAAAUAUUCAGCAAAACUGAUUUGUUUUUGUAUUUUCUUCUUGUUCAUUUUCAAUUGUUAAGUUGUGCUUGGUUUUUAUUUCUUUUUUUUACCAUUCUUAAUCCUAUGUUCCUGUGAUAUUUACUGCCAAUUACUUAACUUUUGAUAUAUUUUUUUAUUCAUGGCUAUUGCUAAUAUGCUUAUGUGUAAGUGCAAAUUUAGAGUAGUGUAACAGUGUGGUACCUUUUAUUAACCUUAGUUUAGUUCACUUAUUUCAUGUAUUUAUAACAUUUGUACAUAGCAAUUUAAAAAUAUUUAUAGAACAAAGAGUGAAUGUUUCGAUCUUUGAGUGAUUAUUGUUAUGCAAUUUCUAAUAAAUAUUUUGUUCAGACAUGCCACAAAAUAAAAAAUUUGGCAUGA